AAGCCCACUGUUUUUUGGUCUUAAAGCUUUUUUAUAAGCUUUUCACCACACACAUAUGUGCCAGCUUUUACUCCACACUACCUCACCUCGUUUGAAAAAAGCAUUUGCUUUCAUGUGCUUUGAAAAGCUCGUGCUCUCUUUCUCUCUCUGCCAGUACAUACACAAUGUCAUACAGACAAUGAGUGACAGCGCGACCCUAGCCUUAUCCUUAAUAGCAUACUAACGACGUCAGGAAGAAAACGGGAAAAGGCGCAUGUAUCGGAAUUUUUAGUUGACACGCAACAUUCGAUGAAAACGGUUCCUAAAAGCGCACUAAGGCGCGUCCUAACGCGCUUCGUGUGGCACUUCCCUAUUUAGUGGUGUUGGUGUUUGUUGUUGGUUUAUAGAUGGAGAAAAAAAUUCGAAGGAAGAAAAAUUAAGAUAACAAAAUUCCCCAAAUGAAAAUGAAAUGAAAGUGAAAAAGUCCCAAAAGAGAAAAUUAAGAAAAGUUAAAAGUGCAUAAAUGUCGUUCUGGUAAAGGAAAAACCAAAAAGUAGAAAGUGCAAUUUAAAUCAUGUCAUAUAAUGUGCGCACAUUAAAACAAUUUAUGCUAAAGAGAAAAAUAAAUAAACACAAAUUAUGCAGCUUAACAUUUAGUCAAACCUAAUGAAAAAAUCAAAAAAAAAAACCCAUACCGUUAAAAAUGUUCAGCAACGCCACAUUAAAAACUCGCCGGCAUAGUUAUCAUCGCCAUUGUUGGUGAAACAUAAAGGCCAAUAUAUUUAUUAUGAUGAAAAUAAUUAAAUCAAUUUGUGGAGUACACACUCACACGACGAACAUCAUGGCAUUGCGUCCAUCAUAACACAUCAAAAGAAAAAAAAAACAAAAAAUCCCACUCUGUCCUCAAAUAGUGGGUAAACAGUGCAUUACCAAUUAUUUUUACUACACCACUGCAUAUCAAUAAAAACAGCAGCAACAUAACGGCCUCAAAUCCCUGUGUCGUCGGUUUGUGCGAGUGUGUGGGGCAAGUGAAAUCCAUCAGGAUGUUUGGUUGUAUUUAUCAGCUAUGGGAUUGGUUAGAAGCGCCACCGCUGUUCUCAGCGGCCACCAUGGACGCCAAGAAAUUGCAACAGUUGCAGCAAGCGCAAACGGUUCAAAAGAAAAUACCAUUGGCCUAUCAAACGAACAUCGCCGAUUAUCGCACAGCCACUCACUCACCAGUCUUCCAGCAACAGCAGCACCAGCAACAUGGCAACUAUCAUAUGGCCAGUCAUAUGAGUAGUGCCGCUCAUUAUCAACAGAGUCCCACAACAACUUCAUCGAGUGGCGGUGGACCGCUCUCACCCAUUGACAUACAACCGCAAGCGAGUAAAUUGCUGCUUAAGCACCAACUACAAAACUCCGGAAGUGGAGGCAGUUCCAUACAGAGUUCACCCUAUCAUCAGGCAUCCAUAUCAUCGGGCUAUCCGACAAGUAGUGGCGGAGGCACCGACCAGUUGUAUCAGUCGCCACCUGAGCGCACAUAUCUGCAGGCGGCUGGCAGGUUAGGCUCAUCGAAUGCCUCUGCCUUGGCGCUACAGCAGCAAUAUCAGCAGAUACAGCAGGCAAAGUUACAGGCCCAGAUAGCCUCACAAAAUGAGGCCAUACAACAGCAGCAGCAAAGAAAUUUUGCCAUGCGUCAAGCCAUGAAUGCGGCCGCCCCCCAAAGCCAUUAUCAUAUGUCGUCGCAACAGGGCCAGGGCCCACCACAGCAACACCAACAGCGAGCACCGCCAUCAUCACUGAAUUUGACCAAUCAAUUUCAACCGGCCUCAGGACCCUUGAAGGUCAAUCAACAAAAUUCCCAGAAGUCAUCGCAGCACUACCACCAGCAACAACAGGAACAGAUCUACGGUCACCAUCAGCAACAGCAGCAACAUCAACAGCAACAGCAACAAAUGCAAAUGCAACAGCUGCAGCAACAAAUGCAACAGCAACAGCAGCAACAACAACAACAACAGCAGCAGCAGCAUCAUGCCCAUGCCCUGCAGCAUCGUUCGAAAUCGGAUCUGCAAACGCCCAACAGCAACGAUCAAAGCCCCAUUUACAUACAGCAGAAUCAUCCCGGACAUGUUGUGAAUCAGGCUGUGCAAACCCAAAUUUCUACGGUAGCUAAGGCCACCACCAUCACAAAGACCCCCAGCUCCGAGGAUUCCUCUUCUGCCUCGGCCAAGAGUCCCACACACGCUCCCUUGGACCGCAAGAAGUCGGCAGGUAGUUCCACUUCCAAUGCUCAAGCUCUAAAGUCGCCCAUCACCAAGAGGCCCCCCAACUCCCCAGUCACCAUAUCAGGUUGGCUGUACAAACAAGGCUCAGAUGGCCUUAAGGUUUGGCGCAAACGUUGGUUUGUCCUGGCCGAGUACUGCCUCUACUACUACAAGAGUCCGGAUGAAGAAAAGGUUUUGGGCUCCAUCCUCUUGCCGUCAUACAAGGUCUCCGCCUGCUUGCCCGAGGAUAAAAUCUAUCGCAAAUUUGCCUUCAAGUGCGAACAUCAGAAUAUGCGCACCUAUUGGCUGGCUGCCGAAAAUGCCGAAUCCAUGGUUCAAUGGGUAAGAGCUUUGAGUGCGGCCACCAUGAUGCAGGCCACUCAUGGCAGUGCUGGUGACUCCUCGGAGCAUCCCAGUGGCUCAUCAUCGGUUAAUCACAGUGGCGAGAAUUCCGAUUCUGGCAUUAACACCCUACAAAGCAAAAUGUCAGGCCAUGGCCAGGUGACCCCGGCCUCCGACAAUGGUGGUGGGGUGACAGCUUCAAGCAGUAAUAGUGGAGGUGGUGCUCAACCUCUCUAUGCCAAUGCUCCUCCUAAGCCUAGACGUAUUACCGAUGGAGGCUACUCCUCGCCAUCACCCGAACAUUCGGUGGACAACGAAAGGACAAGAUCAAGUCAACAGCAACAGCAGACUAGUCGCCGCAGUGGCAUCAUGUCACCCUCUCUGCAGCAAAUGCAGCAGCAACAAUACCAACAGCAGCAGCAGCAACAACAACAACAACGCUCCCAACAUCAUGCCAUUUACGACACACGAACGGGCAAUGUGUCCUCAGCCAUACGCAUACCACAGCAACAAUCGAAUUACAAUUUGGAUAAUCUCGAGUCACAGUAUCAACAACAAUUGACCUUGAGUCCCGAGGAAUAUCCUUCAUCGCCUCUGGGCAGUCCUUCACAGUACAUGGAUGCUCAAAUGGAACAGCAGAUAAUGCAGCUGCAACAGCAACGCAUGGCUGUUGACGAUAUCUAUGGAGAGCGUGAGUUGUAUAUGCAACGUUUGAUACAACAGCGCUAUCCUCCCAAUAUGGCAGGGUAUGGUGUGGCAGAGCGUCGCACGCCAGAUGCCUAUGGGCGUUCCAAAAAUCGUCUCUUCUCCGAUUACGAAGACAUUUACAAUUUAACUGCUGCCGAAACGGCUGCACAAGCAGCACUAUUGCAAGAGGCUGCAUCCUAUCGGCGUCCUCUUUCACCCCCCAGUUACGAGGAUAACAAAUAUAUGCCAACAGUACCAUCACGUUACACACCAAAUCAUUUGGAGCUCUCUGCUGCUGGCAGCAAUCUCAAUCUACGUUCGCGACCAGCUGCUGCCUCCAUGAUACGACCACAUUCGGCAGACUUUUUGGAGUAUGAGGCACGUGCUGAGGCAGCCUCAGAUGCUGCUGCAGUAGCUGCCGCCACAGCAAUGAUUAAACCAGAUCCUGUGCGAGCACCACGUCCCAAAUCCAGUCUGGACAUCAAUCGAACACCCGACAGCUUUUACUAUUCGGAAGAGAACUAUGCCGAGAAGAUGCGCAAGAGUGCUCUGUAUUUGCAAAAUCCACAGGCGCAACCGCAAGCAGCGGUUGGUAAUUAUCGCAUGGCCACUGGCUCUAGCGAUUUCCUAAGCCCUGUGGCCAGUGGCAUGAAUACCAUUGCCUAUGAGAAUCCAUAUGAGCGCAUUUACAAACGCAACGAAUUGUUGCAAGACGCCUUAGGUAAUCAAGCAGGUCAUACUAGCAUUCCACGUAUGAGUCGUUCACAAACCAUGGGCGGCGGGGCCCAAAUUCGUUCAUCAUCAACUCACCCACAUCAUCCACUCUCCCCUACAAUGGGUACAUAUCAGCCACAACAACAACAGGCACCACCGCUGCAUACGCCAUUACUAUCAUCCGGUCUCACAACUCAAGAAAUUAUCCAACAAAAUGAACAGUUCCUACGUUCAGCUAGUGCUCGCUUACCUAAGCGUUCAUCGACAUUUGACGAUGAACCUCUAUCCACGACCACAACCACUACAACACCCACUUCUCCUCCUCCACCCACAGGCACAACAGCAGCAGGCGCAACAUCCGCCACUGGGACCACGGCCAGUAGCGCCGCCACCACGGCCCAUCUGGAGGGCGAACGCAAACGGGAGGAGUCCAUGAAACGUUUGCUGGAAUGGAAACAGCGUAUGCUGCAAUCACCGCUAACGCGUAAAUCAGCCCAACACGUAUCCAAUUCGGCCACGGCUGCCACACAAAUUGGCCAAAAGACAAAUGGCAAUGGUGGGCCGAGCAGCAGCAGCAGCAACACAAACAUCACUGCCAAGAACAAUGGCAACAACAAGGGCUCGAGCAAUCUAAAGGCCAUGACAAAAAUGGGCAGUAAUCCCAAUAUCAUGUUGACAUCGUCCAAUGCAGGCCAAAAGGGUGGUAGUUUGGCUGGUGCUAAUGCAUCCACGGCGGGUGGCAUAAUACAGCGUCGACGAUCGGAAAGUCAGGCCACAAGUGGCCCCACCUUGGCUGCUGGUUAUAAUUCCUAUUCCUCGGAUGAUGAAGCCUCCAUAUCCGUACGCAACGUCAAGAACUUACCUAUUGGCAAUUUGACAGUGAAACCAGAUCCUUCGGAUGCUUUGUUGCACGGUCAAAUGGAUCUCUAUGAUUAUGAGCAAAUGCAACAACUGGAAAAUUCCUAUUAUGGCACAGCACAUGACAUGAAAUAUGCCAAAACCACCAUGUUAACGGAUCACGGUCUGUCAUCGACGGGUAUUGGCGGCCUAGGCGCUUAUGCCGGCGGAUUGGGUGGGGGCUAUCUGACAUCUACGCCCCUACACGCAAGCAACAGCAAUAUUGGAUUGGGCCUAGACUAUUUGGGUAAUCUGGGCAGUGGACACAACAUCUAUGACAUGCAUAAUCAGUAUCAACAACAGUUGCAUCGCAUCUAUCAACAGCAGCAACAUCAACAGCAAUUGUCGACGGCAGCCUAUCCCAUGAGACGUUAUGGCAGCAGGGCUGAAAUUGAUAUUUUGGAGCGUGAAACGAGUUCACAAAUCAGGAAUUUGGAUGUUUCUGCCGGUGAUCUACUAAGUCGUACCCAUGAGGAGUUGGUCUUGUUACUGAUACAGUUAAGGCGUCAAAAUAGUAACACAGCUCGUGCCAUAGAACAGUGUUGUUCUGAUAUUCAUGAUGUACAGAAUCGGUUACUCUCCGCUGAAGGUUUAACAAGAGCUGAGAGUAUACAACGCUUGGAUUAUCUAAAACAACAUUUACUCGAUUUGGAAAGACAAUAUGAGAAGAGUAAACCUUUGGUAAAUCUGGUUGACAAUAUGGUAAAAUUGGGUUCCUUAUAUCGCAAUGAUGCCAUGGGCAGAACAUCAUCAACAACCAUAACUCCAAGAACAGAUGCCGUAACACUGGAGCGUUUGGAAUUCAAUCAAAGGAUGCAAGAACAACGUCUAUUACAGGAAGAGCAAAAACAAUGGGAUCGCCUGGAGCCGGACAAUACUGAAUUACAGUCUAAAGUUGCUCAACUCUGCCAUUUGGAUCAACUGUUGCAAGAAGAGUCAGGAACUUUACAAAGUCUACAACGUGAUAAGGAAGAUUUGGAACGUGCCUUGGGUGGCAUUAAGGCUCGCAUUCAAGACACUCGAGAAACGCCCAUGGCCUUGGAGGCCGCCAAGAAACAGCAACAUAUGUUGGAGCGUGAAUUGUCACGUGUUCAUCAAUUGUUGGCUGAAAAUUCUAAGGUAGACCAGAAACUUGAGCUGACUGUGGCUGGCAAUACACGCCUGGAACAGGAACUUCUGGUCUUGAGGCAAAAAUUAACACGAGGUAGUCAAGUGCAAAUAUCCGACACCUAUACCAGCAACACCACUGCAAUGUUGGAAUCCGAAUUGAAGAGGGUACAGGCACUGGUUGGUGACAUGCAGAGACAACGGCAAGAGCUGAGCCAGGCCGUCAAGCAACUGACCGAGAAUUCCACCAAGCUGUAUCUGGAAAUUGGCAACAAGGAACAUCUAAGGAAUGGCGAUCACAAUAACUCCACUGGAGGUGGAUCUGGUAGCGGGGGAGGUAGUAUAAAGAAACGAACCAAUUCGGGUUGUUGGUUUGAAACAGAUCUGGACUCCAUGAUGAGUGUCAAUCGCAGUCUUACAGAUUCAACCAUGAAUCUCUCAACCCCAUUGUUUGUCGAUACUAGUGGCAACUCUGGUGCCAAUAAUACAAGCGGUAAUUUAUUGAAUAGUUCCUCGACCUCUAGCAAAUUGAGCGAUUACAAUACCGGUGAGAGCAUCUUGAAUGAGUCACAUCGGCGCGCGGGAGGCUCCUCCGCGGCAUCAUAUCGUUACAAUGAUUCUAGUGAUAAUUUAGAAACUAGUGGUGUAGAUAGUGAUGGCUUCUUAGAAUCGAAUCCCUUUGCGAAUUUGACGCAGCAAGAAAAACAGGAAAUUAAAACCGUGCGCAUAGUAAAACGCGAGUCGGAGCGUAGACAUCGCGAUCGCAGUGAACGUACGGGUCUUAGUAAUUCCACGCAGAAUCUAGAUCAAGUCAUGGAAGAGGAGCACUAUGGCCUCAUGAAUGGUGUUGGCGGAGGUGUUGGCUUGGCUGCCGUCGGCGGUGGUGGUGGAGGUGGUAACUAUCACAGCGAUGAAUAUAAGACAAACGAAAGAUCGAAAUCAUUGCCCAGAUCAUACAAUGAGCCACCUAACAAAUCAUCAUCCCGACAUCAUCAUCGUCAUAAGCAUGGCAGCAGCAGUAGUAGUCAUCACAAUGCCUCAUCAUCCUCAUCCUCCAAUAACACAUCCUCCACGACCUAUAAUACAAGCUAUAAGAACGACUACUAUGGUGGUCACAAUGGUCAUGCCUCCUCCUCAUCCUCGAAUGGUGGUUAUGAUAAGAAUAGCAAUUAUUCCCAUCAUCAAAAUAAUCAUCACCCAUCGUCCAAUAAUGGUCAUAACAAUAGCUCAGCAAAUAACACUCGCGAACAUUUAAAUCCCCUGGCCAAUGCCUAUUUUGCCAAACAAAUGCAACAGCAACAUCAUCAUCAGAAUCAGAAUCAACAACAACAACAACACCAGCAACAAGCGCAUACCUCUACAUCCUCCUCCUCAACUUCAAAUCAUCAUCAUCACCAUCCAAGCACUACUUCACACUCACGUCAUUCCUCACAGAACGCUUUGCGUCAGAAAACCGAAUCCCAGCAAAGCCUCAAUAAGAGUCUUAGCGAUCUUACUCCCUCAUUUCAAAGUGAAGCCGCAAGACAAAUAAUGAAUGAAAUGUCUGCAGGAUCAGCAUCCGAGGACACCGAGAAGGUUAUCGAAAAGGUCCCCUCACAGCACAAGCAUCGAAGGGCAGUGCCCAAGGAGAAGCGAAGACACUACACUGCGCCCAACAAUGUGGUGAAUGUGAAGCCCAAUGAGAAUGGUCACUCAGAGAAUGAUAUGAACAAGAAUAAUACCAAUUGGCGUGCUCGCGAUGAUCUAGACAUGGAGGUUGCCCUCCGACCUCGCAUCAAUGCCCCCGAUGUCGUUCGUUCAGCUCUGCGACAUGGCGAAAAAAUAUCGGAAAAUACAAUUGAUAAUUUACUAUUGGCUCCGAAUAAGAUUGUUAUACCCGAACGUUAUAUACCCGAAACGACGCCUGAAUUAUCACCGGAAGAGAAAAAGCGAAGACAAGAGAAAGUUGAGUCGAUUAAGAAGAUGUUAUCCGAAGCACCCAUAAGUGCAGCUAAUGAAACAGCUGCCAGUUUACCACCCAGCAAACUAAACGAGGAAAAGAAACAACGUGAACAUCUGUUACAAAUGAAUCAGAUUUUAGCACAACAAGUUAUGCAAAUGAGUAAAAUUGUGGCGGAAAAAGCGAUGUCUAAAUCUGGCGAUAAUGCUGACGAAGAUCCUGAUGAUGAGGAUGCCAAACAACGUGACCAUUCGGAAGACGAUGAUGACGACGAUGAUGAAGAAGGACGUAAAUCGGAAUCGCCUAGCGAACCACUGCCGAUAUAUCAAAAACGAGAUAACUUUUAUUCGUAAAUUCCACAACUAUACACAAAACAUCAUAUAUAUAUAACCAGGACACAGCCAUAGAUCCUUAACUUAAAUUAAAUAACAAAAAAAUUAAACAGAAAACAAAAUAAGAACAAAACUGCAUCUACAUUUCUCUCCAGAUGACAAAAACAAAACUACAAUAACCUAAGGACACAUGAGUAUUAAAUACGCAACAAUUUUAAAUAUUACAAAACAACAAACAAUUUAUUUUAAACUCUGAAAUUAUAUUUAAAAAACUACUACAACAAAACAAAUAAUGCAUUUAUCUUAAGUAAGUGAAUAUCACACAACAACAAGCAAAACUAAGAAAAAGAACAAAUUUCUCUUAAAAAUUAAGACAUAUUUUUUUGAACAUGGAGACUCCUAUAUUUAACAACAAAAUUAUUGUAUUAAUGAAAAUACAAACAAAAAUCAAUAGACGAUAAAUUUUAAAAAGACCAAAAGAAAGGUAUGGUUGUGCACUAUUCUUUUUUUAAAUAAUUUUUUAUUUUUUUAUGGAAUGAUCAGAAGAACAGACACUAUUUUUCAACUUGGUUUCAGUGAAACUAUUUUUUAAUGUGUGCGAUAUUAAAACUUAAGUAAUAUCAAAGACUUCAGUCUCGCAAUAUUUAUUUCUUUGAUACAAUUAGUUAAAAAAGUGUUCUAAAAACUUAAAAUAACUUGUAAACAAAUAAAAAAAUUGGUACUCAACGUGUUCUUCGUCACAAUAUACAUAAUGGAUAUUUAGGUAUAUUAAAUAUUUAUAAUUAUUACAAUCUUUGUUUGUUCUUCUUUCGAGAUGAGCUCAAUGAUCGGAAAUGCAAAUGGAAAAGGAAAGCCAAAGUUGUAAAAGGAAAGUAAAAGUUUCGUCUUUGGUUAGAAGACUUUUCAACCAUAUUAGGUGUGAGGGCUUCAAGGGCCGUGCGUUGGUAUGUUGUAUUUGAAUCGUAUUAAUAGCGAAAACGCAUCUAUGAUACAAUUACCACAUUAACCACGCUUGACAACCCUGUCUAUUAGCUGUACUUUUCCCAAUGCAUGUACUUUUGUGUAAAGACAGACAUAUUGUCUGUGGCAAAUUACAGUUCUUCCGUACUGCACAUAAUUUUAUGCAUCUGUUGGAAGUUGUAUAGAAGGCACAAUUUUGGUCCGAUCUUUACAAAAUUUGGCAUGGGCCGUUUUAUUCAUAUGUGUGCAAAAUUUCAUAAUAUGUGUGCAAAGUUUCAUCAUAUGUGUGCAAAGUUUCAUCAUAUGUGUGCAAAGUUUCAUAAAAAUCGGUCCAGAUUUAGAUAUAGCUCCAAUAUAUAUUUUUCAUCCAAUAUGGCCUUUUAAGGCUGUAGAAUCCACAAUUUUGGUCCGAUCUCUACAAAAUUUUUCAUGAGAUGUUUUAAAUGACAUUCCAAUACGUGCGCAAAAUUUCAUCAAAAUCGAUUUAGAUAAAAAUCCCAUAUAUGUCUUUUAUGCGUUUCGACUUUGAAGGCUGUAGAAGCCACAAUUUUCGUACCAUCGUGAGAAUAGGUAUGCAAAAUUAAAAUCUGACUAAAUUUGGAUAUAAGUGCUAUCUAUUAAAAGUAUUACGUAUACUCGGUGGUGUAGGGUAUUAUAUAGUCGGCUCCGCCCGAAUUUUGCCUUUCCUUACUGGUUUUCUAAUAUAAUUGUUUAGUUUGUAAUGUCAAUGCCUACAUUCAUUCUAGAUUUACGGUUAAUUUACGAGAGCAUAACCAGGCAAUUAAUGAAGCCCAAAAAUAGUUUUAUUUGACAUCUCUAUAAAGGAUAUCUGUCAAAUAAACCUAUUUCCAAACUACUUGAAGUUCUGUGAAUACCGGCGUAAAUUUUUGGACCCUGAACUACAAAAAACCAUUUCUUGGGAACAACUACUGAUUCUUCUUGCCUUCAUAUAACACUCAAAUGAAUUGUUUUUAACUGCUCUUUUUGAGAGUACCUUCUUAUAUUGUUCAUCUAUCAUUGUUUUUGUAGAGUUAGACAGUUAUCCACCUGAUAAGACGAACAGAGCACCAGACCUUACUUAUCAAGUGUUAUUCUCUUCCAUGUUUGCACAUUAAUAUUUGUUAAAAAUGUAUCGUCUAUUGAUUUUUAAAAAAGAAAACACCUUCCUAAAAUAAAAAAUAUAACCACACAAAUAACAAUCAACCACAAGAAAUAUCUAUGUAUGUAAUAAAUAUGAAGCUUAAUUGACUGAUAAUAUUAUUUAAAGGAAAAAAUAAUCACAAGCAUACAAAACAAAUACAAAGACUAUGCGAUUUAGUAUUAAUUUCUGUAUUUGAAGACAAACUAAAAAAAAAACAAAUAGUCAAACAAUUUUUUUGGAAAUUGUAAUUUACAAAAGACUAAAUACAAAAAAAAAAAACGAACGAACGACAAAACAAACAAACCAGCAGUUAAAAACAAAGUGCAUAUAAAUUUAAAAAGAUUUACUAAAGAUGUGUAAGUUACAAAUCGCAAACACAUAUAAAUACAAAUACGUAUUAAAAAAUUCACUUCAUUUGAAAAAUUCAUUCGAGUGUCUGUGUGCACUCGUUUGUAUGCAAAAAUAUUUUCAAAUAUUUAAAUGAAAAUAACAAAAAUUACACUGCGAAAAAAUAAUUCAACAUAUCAUUACCUAUAUUCCAUAAUCCAUAGUUGUAGAAAGGAAAUAAAUUCCUAAAAUAUUAACAGCAUAAAACUAUUCUUAAAGAAUACCAAAAAAAAAAAAACAUUGGAAAAACAUAAGCAUUAUACCUUCAUAUAUGAUAUAUUCGAAAAAAAUAUAUGCAAUUGCAAAAGAAAAUGAUCAUAUUUCUAUAUAUACAUAUAUAUAUAUACAAUACAUAAACAUCUAAAUUAAUUGUUGUUGGUUUAAGAAAGAAACAAAGUAAGAAACUUGGAUUAAUCAUCCUACAGAAAUGUAUGGUUAAAACUAGUAAACAAGUGAAGUGAAGUAUAUACGUUAACGAUAAGUUGAAAUACAUUGGCAUGUUUUGUAAUUUAUAGGUUUUUGUAGGCAUCUAAUAAAAAUUUUAACAAUA